UUUUUAUCUUGAAGAAAAUGGCCAAUUCAAAUUUCUUUCUCCUUUUUAUUUGUUUCGUUGCUUUUUUCGUAACGAGUCAUGCUUCAACUAGUACUCCAAUUCUUAGUUUGGAUAGCCCAAGUUUUCCAUUCACUCAAGCUAAGAACAUGAUCAGAGACCUUAAUUUGUUUCCCCAACGAUCCGUUAACAUCGUGGAUGACAACAAUGAUGCUCGUUUAAAAACAUCGUUGUCGUCUGCAGCAGCCAGUGAUAGUAAAUUGGUUGAGAAGCGGUUUAAGUUUCCGAAUAUUAUUGUUGAUGGUACUAAAGAUGUAUCAGUUGAUGAUUUGGGACAUCAUGCUGGUUAUUAUCAAAUCCAACACUCUCACGAUGCUCGGAUGUUUUACUUUUUCUUCGAAUCACGCGGUCACAAAGCAACAGAUCCUGUCGUAAUUUGGUUGACUGGAGGACCAGGAUGUAGCAGCGAGCUUGCACUCUUUUAUGAAAAUGGUCCUUUUAAGAUUGAGAAAAACUCUUCCCUUGUGUGGAAUGACUAUGGUUGGGACCAGGCAUCCAACUUAUUGUUUGUUGACCAACCUACUGGAACCGGCUUUAGUUACAGCUCUGACAAAAGAGAUAUACGUCACGAUGAGCAGGGUGUCAGUGAUGAUCUAUAUGACUUCUUACAGGCCUUUUUCAAAGAGCAUCCUCAAUUUGCAAAGAACGACUUCUUCAUAACCGGAGAAUCAUAUGCUGGCCAUUAUAUUCCUGCUUUUGCUGCUCGAGUCCACCAAGGAAACAAAGCCAAGGAAGGAAUCCACAUAAACCUCAAGGGUUUUGCCAUUGGAAAUGGACUCACUGAUCCGCUAAUUCAAUACAAGGCGUAUACUGAUUAUGCAUUGGACAUGGGGAUUAUCAAGGAGUCUGAUUAUAAAAGCAUCAACAAGAGAAUUCCAGUAUGCGAGACAGCUAUAAAACUUUGUGGCACUGAUGGGACAACAUCUUGUAUGGCUGCAUACUUGGCAUGCAACUCCAUUUUUAGCUCAAUCAAAAACAUUGCUGGAAAUAUCAAUCACUAUGACAUCCGCAAGCAGUGUGAGGGAAGUCUCUGCUAUGACUUCUCUAACAUGGAGACUUUCCUUAGCAAGCAAUCGGUUAAGAAAGCUCUUGGUGUUGAAGAUAUAGAUUUUGUUUCGUGCAGCCCUGUUGUAUACCAAGCCAUGAUUAUGGACUGGAUGAAGAAUUAUGAAACCGGCAUUCCUCACCUCCUUGAAGAUGGGAUUAAGUUGCUUAUAUAUGCUGGAGAAUAUGACCUUAUAUGCAACUGGCUCGGUAACUCUAGAUGGGUUCAUGCAAUGGAAUGGAGUGGCCAGAAAGAGUUUGUUGCAUCUGCUGAUGUUCCUUUUGAAGUUGAAGGUUCUGAAGCUGGCCUCUUAAAAACCCACGGGCCACUAAGUUUUCUCAAGGUUCAUGAUGCCGGUCAUAUGGUUCCUAUGGAUCAACCAAAGGCAGCUUUAAGCAUGUUAAAGAGGUGGACUAGGGGAUCACUUUCUGAAAGUGGUGACCCUGAAUCAAUAGCUUCUUCCAUCUAAUCAGCAACAGCUCGAUGUUGGCUAACCUGAUGUAAAAAAGAUCUGUGGUUUUGUUCUUGGAUAUUUAUGUGCUUAACCAAGUGGAAUCAUAAGAUACCGGCUAGAAUAUUGGAUGGUUUCAUAUUUUGUGGACCGCUCUUGUUGGCCAUCAGUGCUUUUAGCUGAACAAUGCUUUCUAUGAUGUGCUUAUCAAUAUUAGAGAUACUAAACAUAAAUUUCUAUCAAA